GCCCGGCCAGGCCCCUGGGAGUUCAGUCUCAACCCAAAGGGCCACCUAACCACAUAAAAAUUCUUCCCUUUUUUAUUUCUCUAAAAAAAAAAAACAAAGUCUGAUAAACUAACGCGAACGAAAAAGAGAAAAAUCCAAACCUUUAUUCCAAAUUCUAAAUUCAAAAAGUUACUUUCGGCCCACCACCCCUCCUAGUCUUAUUCUUUUUCCAAAUUUGAGAUGAACAUGACUACCCACGAGGCUAACGAGAGAAGGACAAUGAUGCAGCAGCACCUGGAGCAGCUCCAGCCCCUGAUGUCCCUGCCGCCGGCCAACUGGGAGGAGCUCCAGCAAGCCGUUCGGGUGAACGUGGCCGAGGCCAUGGAGGACUUCUACCGGAGACAUGCCAGGGCGCUCCGCAAGCUGGAGCUGAUCAUCGAGACGGAGCUGUUGCCGAAACUGAAGGGCAUACCGCCAGACGGAAGAGCCAGCAAGGAGACCAGGAGGACCGCGGAGCUGGUGAAGCGGCUGCUCUGCCGGGUGGCACGCCUGCGUCCCGUGAUCAUGGUGCGGAUGCCCGUUCAGGAUAAGCGGAGCGGCGGGACAAGCUCGACUUCCGCAACAGCCGCCACAGCGGCCAACCUUAUGUACAAGAUUAGACGACGAGCUGGGAGAACGGCCAGUGGUGCCACAAUGCCACUGAUCGAACCACGAUGGCCGCGCAAGUGCCCCCAGAACUUGCACCACAUCGGACACACACUGCUCAGGCCGAGCCACGAACCACGUUACACCAUUUGGCAGCGACAGAAUCAGCGCGGCAGGAAUAUGGCUUUCAAGAAGUCCUCCUACACCACGCCACUGAACCGACACAAGGACUUCCCACCCAUCCUGGACACCGCAACUGGACGGCGGUGGAGGGCUAUCCACACUACCAGCACACCUCCCAUAUUCUACGACUGAUUCUGUCCAUUCGAGACACACUAGCUUAUCUAAGGACACUAAAUUCGAGGAGAAAGGAUUCUAGAUGCGAUUUGUUGGUUCUGUAUUGUGGAAAACACUUUGAAGACACUUGGAGGACAAGGACGAGAAGUUUUGAUAUUCAUGAAGUAGAUGUUAGCUGUGCAGUAAGGAUUAUGCGGAACGAUGUGUUCGAUCAUAUUGUAUACGUUUUUAGUUUACAUAGAAAUUGUUUAUCGAAAAACACCACAAAAAUAUGACUGUAACAACUUGGUUAUUCCAUCCGAUCUCGCUUCAAUUGGCUUGGUUGCGCAAUAUUCCAAAUAUUGUUAUUAAGUGCUUAAAUACGACACAUGUGACACUCAAAUCCCAUUCCAAAGCAACGUCCAGAGGAUCUAAUUGAUCUUAACAGGCUACUUUUCAACACAGACACAACUUCCAUUCCAAGACAACGUCCAGAAGGUUAAGGUUUUAUUAAAGAUUAACACACGAA